CCUUCAUUCUUCAUUCAUAGAGUUGAGCAAAGCAGCAGCAAGAAGAAGAAAUUAGGGUUUUUAGGGUUUAUACUGAAUUCAAUCUCAUUUCUCUUCAUAAGUUUUUUUUGGUAAUCGGUAAUUGCAGCAGCAGUAGUCUAUGGUUUGUAUUGGUUCAAAAGCUCUUCAAUCAGGAAGAUACAAAGCUCAUAAUAAUCACAACCUCAUAGAAGAAGAUUAUCCUCAAAUGCCUGGGGACAGAAUGAAUCAUAAGACUGAUAAUCAAGCUGGAGGUAGAAGGAAUAAUAAUAAUCCUAAGGGAAGCAAAAACAGAAGACCUGGUAAAGAACAACAUCACGGCGGCGGCGGCGGUGGCGGUUUUGAUGGUUUUGCAGCACAACCAUCCUAUAAAAAGAAUGACAAGUAUUCAUCCAACCAUCAAUCAUCGUCACUUGUGAGGAAACAAGUGGAUCCAGAGACGGCAAAGUACUUUUCUGAAAUUGCUAAUUUAUACGAAGGAGCUGAGAUUGAGGAGCGGAAUGUUAUAUGUGGAAAUGCGUUAGAGGAAACAAGAGGGAAAGAAUUAGAACUUGCUACUGAUUAUAUUAUUAGUCAUAAUUUACAGGCAUUACUGGAAGGUGCUGAUUUGGAUCAAUUAUGUGGUUUCUUGCAAAAUGCCGCGAAAGUGUUUCCGUUGAUUGCCAUGGAUAGGUCUGGUUCGCAUGUUGCUGAGACUGCGUUGAAAGCUUUAGCUGUGCAUCUUCAGGAUAAUGAUAUGUAUGCCAUCAUUGAAGAGACUUUAACCAAGAUAUGUCAGGUGAUUGUGGUAAAACCUGUUAAUGUGAUGUGUGACCGUUAUGGAUCACAUGUUCUGAGGAGUCUUCUUUGUCUCUGUAAAGGAGUUCCAUUGGACUCUUCGAAAGAGUUUCAUGUAACAAAGUCAUCUACUGUUCUAGCAGAGAGGUUUAAUACCAAGGAAACAAAGGAUGUUGGAAAUAGCACACAGCAUCAGCGAGGAUUCCCUGAUUUACUUAAAUUUCUGGUCACACGGAUGAUGGAAUGUGCAAAAAAAGAUAUUGCAACUCUCCGAGCUGAUCAGUGUAGCAGCUUAGUGAUGCAGACUGCUUUGAAGUUAUUAGUGGGAGAAGAUAAAGAGUUGAUGAACAUAAUUCCUAUCGUUCUUGCCUGUCAUGGAGAAAAUACAGGAGAAGAAGGAGACCUGAUACAAAAUGUUGCUGUGCUGAAAACGCUGGAUUUGUUGAAUGACAAUGCUUUUAGUCAUUUAAUGGAGGUCAUUUUGGAAGUGGCACCUGAGACCCUAUACAAUGAAAUUCUCGCAAAAGUUUUCCGCAGUAGGUUAUUCAAGGUCUCUUCAACUCACUUGGGAAGUUUUGUGAUUCAGUCGUUAGUUUCUGCUGCAAAAACCCAAGAUCAAAUGGACUUAAUUUGGAAAGAGCUGGGUGGAAAAUUUAGAGAACUUCUUGAACUUGGGAGGUCAGGCGUGGUUGCGUCCAUCAUAGCUGCAAGUCAAAAGCUUCACACAAAUGAAAGGAAGUGUUCCGAGGCGCUUGCUGCUGCAGUAUGUUCUACUUCUGAAUCUAGUAACUGCAUUGUUCCUCGGCUAUUAUUCCUGGAAAGCUACUUUAGCAGUGAAGAUAAAUCCAACUGGAAGUGGGGCAAGGAUGACCAGAUGAAUGUCUUGGGUUGUCUAAUGCUACAAACAAUCUUCAAAUUUCCGAGUGGAUUUAUUCAGCAAUAUGUGACGAGCAUUUCAUCCAUGGAAACAAAUCAUGUUCUGGAAGCAGCAAAGGAUGCAGGAGGAGGACGUGUUAUUGACUGUUUUCUAUCUUCGAAUGUUUCUGCGAAACAGACACGCAGAUUUAUAUACAAACUGCGGGAACAUUUUGGAGAGCUUGCAAUGCGCCCGUCAGGCUCUUUUAUAGUUGAGAAGUGUUUCAUGGCCAGCAAUCUGACAUUAAGAGAGACUAUAGCAUCUGAGCUGUUAGCUGUGAGACCGGAACUGUCCAAAACGAAGCAAGGUCCGCAUCUGCUGAGGAAGUUAGAUAUUGAUGGAUAUGCAACACGGCCUGAUCAGUGGAAGUCAAGACAAGAAUCAAAACAAACAGCUUAUAGAGAGUUUUAUGAUGCUUUUGGUUCUACGAAGAAAACGAAAAAGUCAAGCAAAAGCUUUGUUGGUGAAUCUUCCUCAAGAUUAUCACCCCCAAGGAGUGUAAAGAAGAUGAGGGUAGAGGUCGACCAAUUCUUGGCUUCUGCUGGUACUUCACAGCCCUCUGGCUCCUCCAACUUUCCAGAUAUUGAAGCUUCAAUGGCUAAAUUGGGUUUCGCUGGGUUCAAACGACAUCACUCUAGAGGAGAAGAACGAGGAGGCGGUAAGAAAUUUAGAAAAGUCUCAGUAGAAGGCAAUUCUAUGAAAACGGAAAGUAAAGAGUGGAAUAGAAAUAAGAAAAGGAAAGGUGGCGAGGACUUGAGAGCAUAUUAGUUUUUUCUUUCCGUUUUAAGAAAGAAGCAAAUUUUGUUUAGUUUUACUGUGUAAUGAGAGUGCCGUAGAAGAUUAUAGUUUUGAGUUUUUGUGAGAACAUCGUUUCUCUGAAUGCCUUCAUUCCUAUGUAAGUUAAAACUAUUGUAUGUGAUGGUGCUGAUGAGCUAGAAGUAAGAAACUGUGUUAGUAUUGCGAUUUAAUUU